GUGCAUAGGGUGUUGGCUAUCCAAUUCACCACUUCCGGCUUUCCUACGACGAUAAUGCGCGUUGGUAGCAUCGUCCUUGCCGCCGUCAUGGCCACCACGAUGGCUGGAUCAGCAAACCUCCGAGCGCUUCAGGACACCUCACCGAUUGUGACGACAACAACCUCCACACCAACCACAUCCGCUACGACGACCACCACCCGAACACCAACUGCGACCACAGCGACCCCGACUACUUCUGUGCCCGCCACAACGAUUCCUUCGACGCCGAAGCCACCAACCACUUCUUCGCCGUCCACAACGUCGUCCACGUCGCCGUCCACUACUGCACCUACAACCACUCCCCCCGCACCCACCACGUCUGCACUGUCCCAGUCCACAACGAUUCCUUCGACGCCAAAGCCAACGACCACUUCUUCGCCAUCCACAACGUUGUCCAAGUCGCAGGAUCCCCAAAAACCACCGGCUACUACUACUACUACUACGCCCUCCACCGAUGCGCCAAUCGUGACCAACCCAGUGGUGGAUAGUCCUUUGAUCAUCGUCACCGACACGGUUACGACCACAUCCAAGCCCACUCUGGGUCUGGCGUCGACUGACAAGGGUACGAGCACUGGCACCUACCUCGGCAUCGGCGCCGGUGUUCUCGCCGGCCUUGGUCUCAUCGGAGCCAUCAUUUACUUUCUCCUCAAGCGUCAAAACGAUGACAACAACGACGACGAUCAAGUGUCCCCUGGGUUUAAGGACCUCGGCAACGACCCGACCUACGGCGCGCCCGCCCCAGCCGCCUACAAAGCGAACCCCCCACCUCAAAAGUACGAACCAACCAAACUGGCCCCUGCUAACUACACCGUUCACGAGCCCCAGCCGCAACCCAGCCCAUCGCCGGUGCCCAUCCUCCAGGCGCCAACGGUAGAGUACCACAACAUUCACACCAACAACUCGACGAUCUUGAACACGUUCCGCUCUGCCCAAGAAGACAACGACUUCGAGGAAGCUCACCCUCAUGGGUCGAACAGACACAUGAACGAAGGCGGGGCGUACGGAGGUGGCGGCAAAGUCUGGACAAGCGCCAAGCACGAAGACUCGCACGGUGAAGUCGGCUUUGACCCCGAGUUUGAGUCUAGCAGCUACAACAGCAGUGCCAACCAGUCCGCGUUCAACGAUGAUUAUGACUUGCAGAGCGAAGGCAGCCGCGACAGCAGCUUUGGCACGCGCAACAGCUUCCAGAGCCACAUGAGCUCGGACUUGGACCACAACGACUUUCCUGUGCACAAAGAGCCUAGCGCGGCAGAACGUGGCUCGUACGAAUUGUAAUCAACUGCCGACCUAUAAUACCGUGCCUUUGGAUCAUGUACUAACAAGUGUGAAAUGCCGUUCAAGCCUCCUCGCCGUGCAGGACUUUGCCGUACGUACAGUCCUGUACUGUAGACUCCGACGCGGUCGCCAUUAACGCCAGUGUCAACACCGCGGCAAUUGCGGUGGUAAAAUUGUGAAUGCUUGCCACCCAAGUGGUUUAAUAUUUUAGCGUCAUGGGUAGUUUAACGUGAAGUUUGCCUUCUACCAUUAAACUGGUUGUUCAAAUCGG